UGAUACUUUUUUAAACUAGAUGACAAGCCUGCUUGCGACUAUAAAACUAAGACACCAGAAGCGUGAAUUACAUUACAGAUUUUCCUACUGGUGUGUAAACAUAAGGGGAGGUAUAACACAUAGUCGAGAUAAAACGCAAAAGUAAAAUGCAUGUCCUGUAUAUGCUGGUCAGCAUGUUGCUGUUGCUAGGCAAUAUUUGUGCUGAGUGUCCCCAUGAACGCAUUGGUCUACAGAAAUGGUCAAACACUGAAACUUGGGGAAAUGGCGGAAAGCCAAAGGAGGGAGAGAACCUUGAUAUAUCAACGCAAAUACUACUGGACGAGUCGCCGGCAUCUCUGCAUAACAUCACUAUUAAGUCGAACGGAUCUUUAAUAUUUAGUCCGAAAUUAAAAUUGGAACUACGAGCGAGAAAUAUUUUUGUACAUGGAUCCAUGGAGAUUGGCAGUGAAGACUGUCCAUAUAAUGAAAGUCUUACCAUCACACUUACUGGGAAUCGUCAGGAGCAUGUUCACGAAACUAACCCCAAGGUAAUCUUGGUUCAAGAUGGUGGAACAUUGGAAAUACACGGCGAGCCUCGGCGUUCCUGGACCAAAUUAAACAAAACAAUCGUUCCGACAAAACUCACCCAGAACGUAUAUUUUGAGCAUAAGUUGCAGAAUAAUUACAACAGCUUUGAUGGCAAAGGUAUUAUGGCUUACACCUUCAAUGUUAUCGGGACACAUGUGACUGUAAAGAAAGCUGGUCGUUAUUUUCUCAAAACGGAAAGUCAAAAUCUCACCGACCAUAUUAAUGCUGUAAAGGACGGUGACGUUUUAAUGAUGGCUGCGCAGGAAAAGGUAGUCACGAAAGAUCCAACGAAACAGGAUAAAUCUGCGUACGAAGCGCUUGAGAAGCUUGUGUUUGGAAACGUGACUGGUAACAGCACCUUAAGAAAGCUACCCUCAGAUGGAUCCACUUGGGCAUUCGUAUAUAAGAAAGGUACAAGGGACAGUUACCAAGAAGAAACUAAGCCUUUUGGAACGACGUCUUCAGCCAAAUAUAUGGAAAGUAAUGACUUGAUCUUCCUAGCAGAGUCUAUAGGUGAUCCGUUAGCCACAUUUAGACAAACAGUAAACUUCAAGAUUAUGAACUUGGAAGCUUUGUACCAAAUGGUUGAAGUUAUUGAUGACGUUACGACGUGGCGCCCAGGUGACACGAUAGUAAUAGCAUCCACUGAUUAUGACUGGAAACAAGCAGAGAAGCGAGAAAUUGUUUUCUGUCCAGAUUGUAACAGAUUCCAAGUAAGAAUCAAUGCACCCGUGAACUUCAUGCAUUUUGGCAAGAUAUUGCACAAUGCCGUAGAUAUGCGAGCUGAAGUUGCCUUAUUGUCGCGAAAAGUAGUGAUACGUGGAGAAAUGGAACCAGAAUGUCCUAAUUUCAACAACAACUGCAACUAUGAAGAAGUUCGAGGCAAAGAUACAUUUGGAGCUCAUACAAAGGUCCUUAAGGGUUAUCAAAAUGUUCAUAUCGAAAACAUAGAAAUUUACAAUGCGGGACAACACACGGAUCUAGGACGAUAUCCGUUUCACUUUCACUUGUGUUUAGGUAGAAAACCAGGGGAAUCCGUGCCAUACAUCCGAGGUUGCAGUAUACACGAUGCAUAUGCCAGAUGUGUGACUAUUCACGGUUCACAUGGUGUUAUGGUUAUGGACAACACAUGUUAUUACCAUAUGGGCCAUGGUUACUUCUUGGAGGAUGGUGGCGAAAUAAACAACACUUUUGACGGCAACCUAGCAAUAAGUACCUUGAAGGGGACCGGCCAACUUGAGCCUAGUGAUACCCGUCCAGCCGCAUUUUGGAUCACCAAUCCACUAACUUAUGUAAUAAACAAUAAUGCCGCCGGUGGUGAAGGAACUGGAAUUUGGGUUAUAUGUCCACUAGAACCUUUGCCCCCAUCACGAGAACUCAAUAUCAUGAAACCGUACGAAGCGAGGAAAACAAAUCUCCUACAAUUUACUAAUAAUGUUGCACAUUCAAACAAGUUUAAUGGUAUUCAUAUCGGUGGCAGAAUUGAAGAAUCACGAGAAACCCAUUGUUGCAAUAUAUGGCAACCCCUUCUUGAUCCGAAAGUUAACACUUCGGUUCCUAUCAAUGUCUAUUUCAAAUACUUAACAGGUUACAAGAACGGGAAAUUCAACAUUUGGAUUGAAGGCAGUUUACUACAAAUUUCCAAAAUAUCCGUGGCAGAUAGUACAAAUGGAAUAAUGGUGUCAAACGAAAAGCUACUAGACCAUGCAGGGACACUGAGCGAGUCAGUUAUCAUUGGUGAUAGCGAAAAUAUAGGAGAACCGACUCCAGGGUAUAAUAGAAGCGUAGUUAAUCCGGACCUGCCCCACAGUGGAGUAUCAAUUUGGAGAGGACCAAAUCGGUACUAUAAUAUUUGGUUUGACGGAUUCAGGACAGACAACAAUUUUGACAAUGCUGCUAUUAUGAAGAAGAGAGGGGAUCGCUACUUCUUCUCAGUCACGAACUCGUUCAAAAACAUAUUAUUCGCAUAUGAUGACGCGGAAGGUGGAAACUACGCCAUGUCAGGCAUCAAGACCGAUCCUGGUUGGGAGAAACAGAGAGAUGGUGAGAUAGGUGCGGGUUUCACCUGGUACCAGAAUACAACGAAUGGAGUAGAGAGAUGGUACGUGGUAAAACCCGACGGUUUCUCAGCGGCAGGUGCAGAUUGUCGCCUAAGACAAAACUGGAGAAUGGCGAUGUGCAAAACCAAAUAUGGAAAUUGGAGAAUAAGCCACCCAGGCCCUGGAGCGUUCUUCCUGCAGAAAUCAUUUGGUAUUUUUGUUCGUGAUAAAUACCCUGGCGCCCAGCUUACACUUGAUCUGGAGAAAAGUGCAGGACCACCAGUUGUACUAAAUGGGACAGAAACGUACACGUUUCAUGUAACUGGCAAGGUUCCGGAGUUUAUAAAAUUUUCAGCUGAGGGAAUAGAAAAGGGUGAAACACUACGUAUCGGCGUCUGCAUACCACCUGGUGUGACAUGGGAUAUUAAAAGCAAUUUUCCAUUCGCACUGAAUAAAAGUCAAUUCACCGAAGUAGACUCACUAGCUGAACUUGAUAAGAGGGACUCAAACUUGGACGGAAAGAAGUUUUACUAUAACACAACUACUGGAAUGUUGUACUACAAGUACCUUGGUGUUAAAGAUCGAAAACCAGACGAAAGAUACGAAUGUGCAGAUGACAGCUGUCCUGUAAUCCAAGUGGAUUUCUCUGGAAACCGUACCGGAAAUGCUGACUGUAGGGAAAAAGUAUAUGGCUCAAGGCUGAACGACCAUCCGCCUGUACUACCCAAGAUCACGGAAACCUUCAAGGCAAGCGGUGGCGCAUCUCCGCCUGAAGGAUAUGGGGCAGGCGUUCAAAGACCAUUUACUAGCCGCAAACGUGUGAACGGAAGAUAUACUGCUUGGUCGGAAUGGUCGGUAUGCACGAAAACGUGUGGCGGUGGUGUCCAGUAUAAGACUCGCGAAUGCAGUAACCCAAUGCCGGAAGGAGGUGGGGGAGGAUGUCGAUACCCUCACAUAAAAUCUAGAGACUGCCAAAUCCAAACCUGUGGCUAGUAAAGGCGACGAUGAUUCCCUACUUCGAGUGAGACAACAAGCUGUUUAAUAAUGACAUAUUUUAUGGAAAUAUCAAAGUAAUAAAUAAACAUGUAUUCUAGCAUUGA